AGCCGUGCGCGCGCGUGCCUUGGUGUGGACUGACUGCGCAUGUCAGCAGCGGCUGACGUUGAGCCGCGGUCCUCGCCUCACACCGGGAGAGGAGUCCGCUGAGCUUCGCUCGACGAACCGCGUUGUUUACACUGAUAACGGAAGCUGAGGGCGGCGGAACCGGAGGUCCAUUCGGCCGCCUGAAUGAGAGGACCGUCAGGAUACCGUGAUUCUGCCUGCAGACUCCGCCCGGGGAUCGCCGGCGGAUCGAUGGGAUUUGUGGAGUAAAGUAAAUCAGCCAGCGGCCCCUCCCGGACACCGCGGACAGAGAGGAGGAACCAUGUCGGCAGCGCAGACCCAGAAGGAGAGCACUGAGGCGGGAUGGGGGUGUCUGGAGUCUUUGGGUCUUAGUCAGAAGGAGCUGGUUCUGGCUGAGGCUCUGCAGAUGGAGUAUGAUGCCCUUUCCAGACUCAAACAGGACAAGAACAGAACUGGACCCGACCAGACUGGACCUCGAGCUUCCCAUGAGAUUCACUGUAAGACCCUGAAUCCUCCAACCGAGCGACCCCGACCCACCCCCAGCCUGCACAUCCCUGCCCCCACAGAAGGGAACCUGCUGAGGGGACUCUCUGGGUCCGACUCCUCCCUGAAUCAGCCCGGGGGAUCCCAGUACCCCCUCCCCCUCCCAGCCAGGCCCACCCCUCCUCAUGGUGUCCAUGUCAAAGAGUCCCCCUACAUUCUGGACAGUCCAGAAGUCCGUAAGCUCAGGGAUGUCUCUGGGUCCAGCCCUGGGGACUCUUUUGGGCCUGGGUCAGGAUUCCUGUCCAAAGGCCUACCUGCUCUUCCUGAUGAUGUUCCUCCCGCCAUCCCACCAAGACAUCCCAUCCCCCCAGCCUCAGGGUCAGAGACCCCAUCCCUGCCCCCCCGGCCAUCCACUGCACCCCGAGACGUGAACCUGUUCACCCCCGAUGUGGGUCACCAAAAAGUGACAUCAGCAGAACUGGACUAUGACAGCAUCAUAGAUUCACUGUCCCGACUCAGCGAGGACAGAACUCACCUGCGCCGCGCCGACAGAGAAACAGCAGGGAAGCCCGUGGCUCGGAGUAAGACCCUCCCCCCUCAGGUGCCUCCCAGGACCUACACAACCAUAGCCAAGAGCAACAAGAACCAUCGGCGGGUUUCUGCUGGCCCGGUGUCUCUGAGCUCCAGGAUGAAUGGGUUUGGAUACGAGCUGUUCCAGGUGUUGGAGGAGCGAGAUGAAGAAGUGGCUGCCUUCUGUCACAUGCUGGACGUGUUGCGCUCAGCAUACCCCCACAGCAACUACUCAACGAAUGCUGGCUUUGUGUGGUCACCUUCCGUUGGCCACGAUGAGCUGCAUCAGGCCCUGGGGGUCAGCAUGAAGGUGACGAUCAUCAGCGAGCACUUCAGAGAACCUCUGACCUUCACCUGUGAUGGCUCCUCCACGGUGGAUCUGCUCAUCUAUCAGACUCUGUGCUACGCUCAGGACGACCUGGACCAUGUGAAUGUGGAUGACUACCUUCUGAAGGUCUGCGGACACGAAGAGUUCCUAAACAACUCUCAGACUUUGGCGGGUCUCGAGUUUGUCCAACAGUGUCUGAAGUUUGACUGGGACAUCCGUCUGUCUCUUACCAAGAGAUCUACCAUCAACACCAAGCUAGCCCGCAUGAAAGAAGACGACGACGCCCCGUCCUCCAUGAACCACUGCAUCCUGCUUCAGGAGCGUCCAGUCAAACAGACUGUCACCAGAGAGGCGCUAACGCUGCUGCUCGAUACGUUUCACAACGAAGCCGAGUCCUUUGUGCUGUCACAGGUGGAGCUUUCGUUGCAUGUGGAACGUCUUGUCCAGUCAGUGAAGGCGCUUUGCAGUUCAUUAGCUGCUGUGGAGACGCCAGAUGUGACGGCGGCCCUGAACCAGCUCCCAGCAUGCCCCUGUCGUCUGCAGCCCAAAGUCCUGAGGGAUGCUUCAGUGCUGGCGGUCAAAGAGAACAGAGAGUCGGUGGUGGAGAAGCUGACGGCAGCCAUCUUGGACCUGGUGGAAUUGUACUGCAGCACGUUUAAUGCCAACUUUCACACGACGCUCCAGAGUCGGAGCUGCAUGGCGCCAAUCCAGGAGGCUGGCCUCGUCACUAACUUGCUGUCCUUCAACGUGUACGCCGCCCACCGCAUCCCCAUCACCUGGGCCACCAGUUAUGAGGGUUUCUUCCUGUCCUGCUCACUAACUCAUGGAGGGGUGGAGCUCUGCGCUCCGCAGCACACGAGCAAACAGGCCAUCAGCAAAUACCUGUUCCACCUGGUGGUGUGGGACCAGAGGGUGUGUUUUCCUGUCCCGAUCAACCAGCUGCCCCGGGAGACUCAGCUGACGGUGACGCUGCACGCCAGUCUGCUGCCCCCCCCUGGAGGAGGCGAGGAGAAGGGAAAGCAGUGGCGCAGCAUUGAGGCUCUGGGCUGGGUCACCAUGCCGCUCUUCAACUUCAGACACAUCCUGACGUGUGGCAGGAAGUUACUGGGUCUGUGGCCUUCGACACCCAGGAGGAGCGGAAACGCUCGCACGAGUUCUCCCAACUUCUUCCAGCCGGACAGCGUCAUCCUGCAGGUGGACUUCCCCACCUCAUCCUUCGAGGUGGUCUUCAGCACUCCCCCCCCUGCAGACUUCUGUCCUCAGUAUGAAUUCAGUCGGCUGGACACUACUAGUCAGACCCAGCUGCAGAAUGUCCUGAAGCAGAAAGCCUUCUUCUGGCUGACAGCAGACGACAAGCGGCUCCUGUGGGAGAAGAGGGCGUAUUAUCAGACAGAAAGUGUGGCGCUGCCUCUGGUUUUGGCCAGUGCCCCCUGCUGGCAGUGGGCGUGUCUUCCAGAGAUCUAUGCUCUGCUCCGUCAGUGGGCAUGUCUGGUGCACCUGGAUGCUCUUGGACUUCUGCAUGCCUCGUUCCCAGACCAGGAGCUGAGGAGGACAGCAGUACAAUGGAUGGACUCCAUCUCAGACACUGAACUGUUGGACUACCUACCACAGCUGGUGCAGGCGCUGAAGUACGAGUGUUACCUGGACAGUUCUCUGGUUCGCUUCCUUCUACGGAGAGCCAUCGGGGACAUUCGUAUAGCUCACUACCUCUUCUGGUUGCUGAAGGACAACCUGCAGGACAGUCAGUUCAGUGCUCGGUACCAGCACCUCCUGGCCGCUCUGCUCUGCUGCGUGGGUCGGGCUCUGAGGGACGAGUUCGACCGGCAGUGCUGGCUCGUCUCCAUCCUCACCAAGGUGGCCCAGAAGGUUCGCGAUGCCUCGCCGUCCAGCCGGCAGGGUGCCCUCAGGGAGAGUUUAGAGGAAAUGAAGCAGUACUUCUCAAUCAACAGCUGCUGCAGACUUCCUCUGAACCCGGCGCUGCUCGUAACAGGAAUCAACAUCCAGUCCUGUUCCUUCUUCAACUCCAACGCCGUCCCCCUGAAGCUCUCCUUCCAGAAUCUGGACCCUCUGGGAGAGAACAUCAACGUCAUCUUCAAGUCAGGAGACGACCUGCGGCAGGACAUGUUGACCCUGCAGAUGAUUCGCAUCAUGAACAAAAUCUGGAUCCAGGAGGGUCUGGACAUGAGGAUGGUCAUCUUCAAAUGUUUCUCCACUGGCAGAGGGCGAGGUAUGGUGGAGAUGAUUCCUCAUGCUGACACUCUGAGGAAAAUCCAGGUGGAACAUGGAGUCACAGGAUCGUUCAAAGACCGAACAUUGGCUGACUGGCUGCAGAAGCACAACCCUACUGAUGAGCAGUAUGACAAGGCAGUGGAGAACUUCAUCUACUCCUGCGCCGGCUGCUGCGUGGCCACAUACAUCCUGGGAAUCUGUGACCGCCACAACGACAACAUCAUGCUGAAGACCAGUGGUCACAUGUUCCACAUUGACUUUGGGAAGUUCCUAGGACAUGCACAGAUGUUUGGAAACAUCAAACGAGACCGCGCCCCCUUCGUCUUCACCUCUGACAUGGCGUACGUCAUCAACGGGGGAGACAAACCGUCCAGCCGCUUCCACGACUUUGUUGAUCUGUGCUGUGAAGCAUACAACCUGAUCCGCAAACACACACACCUGUUCCUCAACCUGCUGGGCCUGAUGUUGUCGUGUGGAAUUCCUGAACUCUCCGACCUGGAUGACCUAAAGUACGUGUGUGAUGCCCUGAGACCCAAUGAGUCGGAGGCUGACGCUACGAUGUACUUUACCAGGUUGAUCGAGUCCAGUCUCUGCAGCGUCGCCACCAAACUGAACUUCUUCUUCCACAAUCUGGCUCAGAUGAAGUUCGCCUCGUCGGAGGAUCGGCUCACUCUGUCGUUCGCCCCUAGAGUCUACACGGCGAGGAGCGACGGCCUCAUCAAGAACCUUUUUAUCUGCAGACACAUCCGCACCGCCAGCACCAGCAAGGGUUACGCCUUUGUGGUGAAGGUGGAGCGUGAAGGUCAGCUGGAAGUUCAGCUGGUUCAGAGAACGUUUGAGGAGUUUCAGGAACUUCACAGCAAACUGGGACUCGUCUUCCCCUCGUCCAAGCUGCCCAGUUUCCCCAGCCGUUUGGUGAUUGGCCGUUCCCGAGGCGAGGCGACAGCUGACAGGAGGAAGGAUGAGCUAAACGGCUACGUGUGGCACCUAAUCCAUGCGGCGCCCGAGGUGGCUCAGUGUGACCUGGUCUACACCUUCUUCCACCCGCUGCCCAGAGAUGAGACAGGAGGAGCCAGCGCCAAACCAGCAGAGGUCUCCUGGGCUCCAGCUUCAGGAAAGGAGCUUGGUGAAAUCAAACUAUCUAUCUCCUACAAGAAUGACAAACUCUUUAUCAUGGUGAUGCACAUACGAGGCCUGCAGCCCCUGCAGGAUGGCACCGACCCUGACCCUUAUGUGAAGCUCUACCUUCUGCCAGACCCCAUGAAGAUGAGCAAGAAGAAGACGAAAGCUGCACGCCGCACCUGUAACCCUACCUACAACGAGAUGCUGGUGUAUGAUCGCAUCCCUCGGGGGGAUCUGGACCAGCGCUUGAUCCACCUCAGGGUUCUGAGCGACGGCGCCUUCUGGGAGAACACGCUGCUGGGGCAGACCUUCAUCCAUCUGAACAGGCUGGUCCCAGGUCAGCACUGGGUGGACUGGCACCAGCUGGGUGGGGCUGGCUCAGACUCGGCCCACUGACACAGUGGAAACAAAGGAAAGUCCUUUCAAAGUAAAAGCUGUGAAGGCUUAACCUCCCUUAGAUUGUGUAUGAGUGGGGUUAGCACCAGGUGAGAAUUCUUCAGGUGAUUGUUUGUAGUUUGCAGGAUUAAAAUCGUUUUUAAAGGGAGUUUCCCAUCACUGUUGGAUAGAAGAGGCAAAUCUGAGAUGAUUUUCCUGGACAUUAGGUAAAAACUGAACUAGCAGACUAAUUUCAACUGGAGUCUCACCUGUGACCUGAAAGGACAGGUGAGGAGCUCAGAGGCUUCAUCUUUAUCUGAUUUAAAGCUGAAGCUGUGGUGAGUUGUUCUGUGUAUCACAAGGAAGCAGAAAUCAGCUGAGUGGAAACUUUGUCUGACUAACGCAAGUCCCAUCGACCCGGAAGCCGAUCUCGGAUCAGAGACUAAAAAACAAACAUUUCACCGAAGAGAUGGGAAACAAAGGGAUGAAAAGACAACUUCGCUGGAGGUUUCUGGAUGAAACAAGCUGCUGAACUGUUGAUUAAACAAAAUCUUAUCUCCUGAAAAUAAAUCAAGGCUGAGCUCAGAGAUGAAGCAGCUGGAGCAGGUCAGGGGUCAAAGAUCAGGAGUCAGGUGAUGUUCUGCUGCUGCAUUUCUGAGUCAUGUGUUUUUUUGUUUUGUUUGUUGAAUUCCUUUGGUUUCUAUGCACUGUAGACCAGAUGAGAGCAGCAGAACUCAAACGGGUCAUCCAGCUGCAGUUGGAGCAAAGUGGAUCAGAACCAUAUCAGAACUCUAUAGGCUGAACUCGGACCUAGGUCCUGCUCAGUGGUCCGUGAGAGGUCACUGGUUUUGGACAAAUGGAGCUGCAUUCCUCUUUUGGAUGUGACCGAUACCGAGCUCUGUCAUCACGGUAACAGAUGAUGGAGACCUACGCUCAUCGGUCUCUGAGGACUGGCUGCUGUAGGUUGUGGACUGUGAUUGGUUCACUGAUCCAGAGACAGAAAAUCAGCUGACCAGAUGGAAUGCAGAUGUGUUGAGUGAAGCUCCGUCCACCAGCUGACCCAGACAGGUGAGUGGUUUGAGUCGUUAAGCUGACUGAACUUUGUGAAAAUGAAAAUGUGACGAGUUUGGAAACUUUUUUUAUUAUUUGCACUAAACAAUAAACUUUAAUUGAAAACUUC